AUGACGGCCCCCAUCAGGGCCGCCCUGCGCACCGCCCAAAUCAAGGGCGGCCUCAGGCCCGGGCGCCCCAGCCCCGAGCCUGUGGCCGAGGGGGGACGAGGCGCCGCCCAGCAGGCCGGCGCAGGCGCGGAGCCGAGGAUGCGGGUGGUGAUGGGCGGGGACGAGGUCGGGCGGACCGAGGAGGCGGCCGGCCAGAUGAGCGAUCUGGCCAAGAGGGCGCUGCACCAGGAGAUGUCAGAGGACUGA